AUAUUUUUGUACAUAUACAAUUUUUUAAAAAAUAUUAUAAUAUUUCUUCUGCGCAAAUAAAAAUUUUUAAUACAACAAUAACAAUAUAAUACUAAUAAUAAUAAUAAUAAUAAUAUAAUAAUAACUUAAACAAACAACUAAUAAAUAAAUAUAAAAUAAAUACAUUUAAUUUAAUAGUAAUAAUAUAUAUAAUAAUAAAUAACAAAUAAAUAUUGUAAAUUUUUUUUAUAAACUAAUAUACAUUUUUUAAAAUAUAAAAUAAUUUUUUUUUUUUUCUUUAUAAUAAUAUAAUAUAAUAAUAUAAUAAUAUAAUAAUACAACAUGAAUCAAGUAAGACACAGUUUAUCAAGAUCAACCUCAUCAACUGCUUCAUUUUCACAAUCACCAAUUCAAACCCAAACCCAAACACAAUCUACAAAUGUAAAUACCGUAAAAUAUGAAACCUUAGACAACUUCGUUAAAUUUUUACCAAAAGAUAUAGAAAAAUUUACCGAAAAUGACGUUAAAAACAUUUUAUUAAGAAUGUUUCAAUGCACUGGCAACAACGAAUGCAAGGCAAAAAUUGAUUUAUUAAAUAGAUAUGUAUUACCAUUAAAUCAAAGAUACCCAGAAGUUGUAACCGACGAAUUAAUUAAACAACUUUUAACAUGCUAUCUAUCAGUGGUCUUACCAAACAAAAUUAUCGUAUCUGACGGCAAUGAAGAUAUCUCACGUUUCUGGAGCCUAUAUAUCAACUACAACGUAAAUAACUUCAUUCCAACCCUUACAAAUCAUUUAAAAGAAUUAUAUAAAACAAUUAAAACCCCAAAUUUCGCCCAAUAUCAACAUAUGAUCAAAUACUAUAAAGCAGUUAGUCCAAGCCUCAAUAAUGAAAUGUAUAAAUUUAAAGACUACUAUUUAUCAAUGAUCAAUGACUAUUAUUUAAACACUCUUCCAAGCCUAAUUUCAAGUGACAAUGGCUCUGAUUCCACCAAGAUGAUGCUAGAGAUCUGGUACUCUUAUUUAUGUCUUUGCGGCAAUACAAACCAAAAUCAAAUGGAGUUUUCAAUUUUUUUAACCAAACACUUAAAAUGUGAACAACUCAUUGAUUUUAUUUGUUUAUUCAACAAACAUUAUAUAGAAAACAAAACACUUAAUAUGGAUGCUUUUGUAAUGUUAUGUGAAUCAUUGUUUAACUCUGAGAACAAAAGCUAUUUAUUAUCUUUAGAUAAACAAAAAACUAAUACAUUAUUGGAAAUUUUUAAAUCAAAUGCAAAAUUAAAUAUUUUUUUAAAUAAUUUUGAUAAUUAGAAAAAAAAAAUAUUCUAAAUAAAAAAAAAAACAAGAUUGUUUUUAUAUAUAUUCAUAUAUUACUAUUUUAUAUAGUUUAGUAAUAUAUUUUAAAUAAU